AUGGAAAGUGACAACAAACAAGAAGAUCAAGAAAUAGUUGAUUUUCUAAAAAAUUCUGGUUAUGAUGAGCCUUUAAUAAGAAAAGCAUUGUCAAUGACUAAAUCAAGAAAUAUGGAUGAUGUUGUUGAUUUAAUAAUGAAAUUAGAAAAUGAAAAGAUUGAAUGUAAAGUAAAACGUGUAGUUAAAGAAGAUCCUAAAGUUAACAGAGAAGAGGCUACCAGAAUAUUAGAAGAAAACAAAAAGACAAUUUUAGCAGAUCGCCGAUAUAGAGAAGAACUUAUUAGAAGAUAUCAAGAAGACAAGAAAAAAAAUGAGGAAGAAUUAAAAGAAGACAUUCCAGAAGAAAAAGUGGUUGAAAUUAAAGCUGAUUGCGUAUUCAAUAUUAGAUUUCCUGAUUCAAAUUCACUUAAAUUAUGUUUUAAAAAAGAUGAUACAUUAGAAGAUCUUUUUAACAAAAUUGAGGAAUUUUAUGGCAGUUCAAAUUUCGUGUUGUAUAAAAUGAGAGAUAAUGUUCCUAUAAAUAGAUCUACAGAAAAAUUACAAAAUGUAAAAAAAAUUUAUCCAAAGGCAGCUUUAUAUAUUGAAUAA